AUGGAGUUGCAGGCACCACUUUUGAAGGAGUGUCUGAAUUUAAUUGUAUCGUUUUUAAAGGAUCCGGAUCUAAUUGAUUUUUAUGAGCCGGUGAAGUGGAAGGAGCUGGGACUUAUCGACUACUUGCAAGUUAUUAAAAACCCGAUGGAUUUAACGACUGUAAAAGUGAGAAAAGGCUGGGAGCUGUAA